AAAAAAGAAAAAAAGAAAAGGAAAGACCCUAAAAAGGGAUUUCUUUAAUAAACAGAGUCGCCGAUCCAAUGCUCUUCUUCUUCCACACUUCAAUUUUGCGAAUAAAUUACAUAUAAUUCUUUGCCUCCUCCUUCACUCCAGCUUCAAACACACAAAUCUGUGACGAAGCUUCUCUUUAAUGGCGACACCCACUCAGGUUGCUAUUGACACCUUCGUGAGCAUCACCGGCGCUUCCAAUGCCGUCGCCGUUCGGAAGCUCGAGGAAUACCGUGGGAAUCUCAAUCGAGCUGUGAAUGCAUACUAUAAUCAUGGAGAUCAGAAUUCACUACAUGAAACUCCAGCUAAUUUUCCUCGGGAUGAUGCAAUGGAUAUUGAUGAUGAUGUGACUCCAGCCCAUCCAAACUUUGAAAGAAGUCCAUUUCCAACUGUUAGUCACCCAAGGGAAGUCAGGCAGAUACCUAUAGAGGUUAAGGACAGCAGUGGGCCAUCAGGUCGUUCUAAUGAUGCUCCUUCUAUUGAGAAUGUGACCGAUUCAUCUCAAGCUCGUGUUCCAGCUGCCCAAGAGGCAGUUAUUUUAGAUGAAGAAAUUCAUGAUGGUAAUCAGUCUGCUCCAACCGGACAAAGUAGGCAUGCUAUACCUGUUGGUUCUGCACACAAUAGUUUGCAAAAUUACAAUGACAUAGAAGAAGAAAUGAUUCGAGCUGCUAUUGAGGCCUCAAAAAUGGAGACUGGGGUACCAAGGAAUCAGUCCCCUGAAAAGUAUCAGUCUCGCUCGGAAGAUGCUGAUGACGUGACAAAAGAUAUCACUGUGCGGUCAGAGGAAGAAAGAGAAGCUUCUGAAGAGUUUUCUAUUCCAGUACAGCAGGGUACCCAAGCCUCAAAUGGAAGACUCGCAGCAACUAGCUCAAUGUCUGAGGAUGAUGAUGAUGAUGAUGAUGAUGAUGAUGAUGAUGAUGACGAUGAUGAUGAUGAUGAUGAAGAGUACGAUGAUGACGAGGACGACGAUGACCCUGAUUAUGUUGACGAGGAGGAACCCCUUGCUAGGCACCAACCAAGACGUGCGGCUUCUGGAUCUCGGGUCCCACUUAAUGAUGAUCUUCCCGGGAGCCCUGAAGCAGAAGAUGAAACUAUUAAUUCACCAGAUGCUGGCAAUGGUUUCCCUUCUGAGUGGGGAGGCAUUUCGUCUGCGGAACAUGAUGAAGCUAUCAUGCUAGAGGCUGCCAUGUUUGGUCGCAUUCCUGAUAGUGAAUAUCGUGUUCCUUAUUAUCCUCAAAGGAGACAGCGUCCACCCUCACCAUCAUUGUCAGCUCAAAGAUUGAUUCGAGAACAGCAGGACGAUGAGUAUCUUGCAUCUCUGGAAGCUGACCGGAUUAAAGCUGAGGCUCGUCGAUUGGAGGAAGAAGCUGCUAGAGUAGAAGCUCUUGAAGAAGAAAAGAGAAAGGCGGAAGAAGCUCGCAGGAAGAUUGAAGAGGAACAGGAGCUGGAAAGGCAACUAGUUUCAAAGGAAGCGUCUCUGCCUCAGGAGCCACCAGCAGGCGAAGUGAACGCUAUUAGUCUUCUAGUCAGACUGCCAGAUGGCUCCCGCCAUGGUCGUCGAUUCCUUAAAUCUGACAAACUCCAAUCACUUUUCGACUUUAUGGACAUUUGUAGAGUUGUGAAACCCAACACUUACAGGCUGGUAAGACCUUAUCCUCGGCAUGCUUUUGGCCAUGGGGAAUGCUCAUCGACUCUAAACGAUGUCGGUUUAACCAGCAAACAUGAAGCAUUGUUCUUGGAGCUGAUCUAGAAUGGGGUAUUUGAUUGGGGUUACAUAACUUAUUCUUUUAGACAAAACAAUUGAAUGGGGAGAAAUAAGAAAAGAAGAAGUGAGGUGAUGGAGGAUGAAGGACAUAAGAAGCUAUGGUUAGAUAAAAGCAAGUUGGGACAGUUGAGGAAAAUUAUAUAUUUGAUGUUAGUGGGCAAAUUCAUAACUAAUUCUCCAAUCUUCAUGUUUCACCUUAUGGGCGUUUUUGUUCCUUCCCACUUCCACCAUGAGUUUGUUACAUUUUUAGUAGUCUAUAACGCAGUCGCAGAAUAUUUUAUUCUUACAAGUUAUAACCAA